UCUCCACCUUUCUUCCUCGUCGACGAGAUCAUCGGCAUGGCGGCGGCGGCAGUAGCGUUGCUCGCGUUCCUCCUCGCCGCGGCGUCAGCGGCGUCGUCGGCGUCGGCGGCGGCGGCGACGCUGGUGGAGGGCGGCGUGGUGGGGCGCGCGGCGGUGGUGAUGAGGCGGGGAGGGAGGACGUGCCGUGGCACGGUGGGGGAGUGCAUGGAGUUCCUCGGCGUCGACGGCGAGGGGGAGGACGAGCUGGCGGCGGCGGCGACGGGCAAGCGGCGGGUGCUGCAGGGCGGGUCGGGGUACAUCGGGUACGACGCGCUGCGGCGCGACAGCGUGCCGUGCUCGCAGCGCGGCGCGUCCUACUACAACUGCCAGCCCGGCGCCGAGGCCAACCCUUACUCCCGCGGCUGCUCCGCCAUCACCCAGUGCAGGGGAUGAUCGAUCGAUCGAUCGACCGAGCUAGCUAAUUAAUGAAAUUAAAUCCAAUGCCAUGUAGUUCGCAGCAAGAACACACGCACAGUGUCCCCUUGAUCAUAGCUGAGCUUAUAUGCUAUAGCUGUCAAGAUCUCAGUGUUGUCCUUGCAUGCCUCUCAUGCUUGAUUGAUUAGAUGUGUAAUGGUCCUAAUGGAUGGAUGGUGUUGUUUGCUAUGCUGCUUGGGUGAAAUUAAAGUGAUCAAGAUUAUGUUUUUUUGUAUCUAUAUGCAUGCAAAUUAA